AUGAAUUCAGGUCCUUUUUCUUUCCUCUCUUCCCGUCGAUCAUUCCACUGCCGUCUUACCCCAACUUCAGGUUUGAAUCCACGUAUCAAAUCAGUGACAUUGGAUUCCAGUUCCACGACAAUCAUCGACGAUCCGACAUCGACUUUCGCUUCAGAAGAAGAAAGUCCAACGAAGAUCGGCGCUAGGGUUAGGAGCGAAGAAAGAACAAUAUGGAGCACCUCCACCGAUUUGGUGGUUCAUCGCAGUAGUGGAGUGGUAGGGGCUAUUCUGGCAACCUCUUCAUCACUUCGUUCUCUUGUUCCAGUUACUGUCGAUGAGAGGGGGAGGAAGCAGAAAGAAAACGACAACAGGGGGUGUUUGGGUUGCUUGGUGUGUCAUAAAACAAUGGGAGAAAAUGGAAGGGGUUAUUGCUCUUGGCUAGCUGGAAACCACUAGCAAACACCUCUAGUGGGGGUGUUUUUGUUGCACCUCGAAGACAGGACAAAAAUAAAGGAGUGUGAGAGGAAAUAGAAGAAUGAAAAAUUGUAUUUAUCUGUGAAUAGCAGAAUGUAUUCAUUUGUGAAUAACAGUGUAAGCAUGUGUUAAUGAGU